UAAAGGCAGGAGGGAAACGAGUGGCCAAGAAAACACUGGAGGAUGGGACUCCAGAGAAGGAGACAAAACGGCCUGAAAAACUGAGCCGGUCCCUUGCCACCUCCAACAGGAUGCAACAAGUUGGUCUGCUUCUAACAGGGACUCUUGACAAGCUGAGUCACGACUUUCCAGAGACCCCAGUGAGCGUGAGGCACAGCAAGGUGCGUCCUGCUGUCGAGAAGUCUCACUGCCCUCGAAACUUCUGCAUCCAGCAGCCCAGGAAGUGGUGAAUUUGCCUAAGAAUGCCCCAGAGUCUGUUGUGUGCCAUCAGAAUUGACAGAUGUCUUGGGGGACCUGGCAGGAUUUCUAGUUCAAGCUGUUUACUUUGGAGAAAAGCAUUUUUUUCAGUUUCUUUUCUAAGCUUUUGAAAAAAGUUAACUAUUUUUGGCCUUUUUUUCCCUUUUUUUUUCCAGGCUUUGAUUUAAAAAUGCUGUAGUGUUGCUUGCCAAGUUACUGUGUUAAAUUUGUGGUUUAUGGGUUAAAGUAAAUCGAACAAUGGGUUGGGGGAAUGUGGAUAAAUAAAGUUAAUUUUGUUCAUAGGAUUUAUAUGAAUAGCUUUGCAAUGUAGAUUUAUAUGAAAACAAAAUAAAUAUGCUAUCACAGUUAAAUCUUCC